UUCCAUGUCCAUGUCUAUUAUUAUCAUUGGACGGCACCGGCCGCAAUCCGCCAUAUUGAACGUUGAAUAAUUUAUUAAAAGAUAAUUCUGAAAAUUUCUUAAAUUAUCACUUAAAUCUCCAUUAUAUUUAUAUAAAUCAACUAUAAAACGAUGUCUACAAUUGUCACGGCUCGAGUUUUAGCACCAGUACUAAGACGAACUUUAAAGCAAUUAUUGUUCAAUUGCGAAGCUAUUAAAUAUCAAAAUCGACAUAAAAUAGUACAAUGUUUCAUACCAACCACAACCCAGAGAAGAUUUUACGCUGAAAAGAAGGUUUUCGAACGUAACAAGCCACAUUGUAACGUUGGAACAAUUGGUCACGUUGAUCACGGAAAAACCACAUUAACUGCUGCCAUUACUAAGGUUUUAGCCGAUAAAAAGUUAGCCAGUGCAAAGAAAUAUGCCGAUAUCGAUAACGCACCGGAAGAAAAAGCAAGAGGAAUCACAAUUAACGUUGCUCAUAUUGAGUACCAAACCGAAAAUAGACAUUACGGCCACACCGAUUGUCCUGGUCAUGCCGAUUACAUCAAAAACAUGAUAACAGGAGCAGCUCAAAUGGAUGGAGCGAUUCUUGUUGUUGCUGCAACUGAUGGUGUGAUGCCCCAAACAAGAGAACAUCUUUUAUUAGCGAAACAAAUUGGUGUUAAACACAUUGUAGUAUUUAUUAAUAAAGUGGAUGCAGCUGAUAAAGAAAUGGUGGAACUAGUAGAAAUGGAAGUUAGAGAAUUAAUGACUGAGAUGGGUUUGGAUGGUGAAAAGGUUCCUGUUGUUCAUGGCUCCGCACUCUCUGCUCUAGAUGGAAAAAGUCCUGAAAUAGGUUCAGAAGCCAUUAUGACACUUCUUAAAGAAAUCGAUUCGUACAUUCCAACUCCUGUCAGAGAAUUAGAUAAACCCUUCAUGUUACCCGUCGAACAUGUUUAUUCAAUAGCCGGACGAGGAACUGUUGUAACCGGGAGAUUAGAAAGGGGAAUAAUUAAAAAAGGAAAUGAUGUUGAAUUUGUUGGUUAUAACAAAGUUUUAAAAAGUACUGUAACCGGGGUUGAAAUGUUUCAUCAGAUUUUAGAAGAAGCUCAAGCUGGUGAUCAACUUGGAGCUUUGGUUAGAGGUGUUAAAAGAGAUGAUAUCAAAAGAGGCAUGAUUAUGUGUAAACCAGGCACGAUGAAAGCUCACGAUCAUUUAGAAGCUCAAGUUUACAUUUUAAGCAAAGAAGAAGGUGGUCGAUCAAAACCUUUUACUUCAUUCAUUCAGAUGCAAAUGUUUUCAAAGACUUGGGACACCGCCGUUGUUGUUAAUAUUCCUGAUAAAGAGAUGGUGAUGCCAGGUGAAGAUUCAAGACUAAUUCUAAAAAUGAUGCGGCCAAUGGUUUUGGAACAAGGACAACGAUUUACUCUUCGCGAUGGUAAUCUCACGCUUGGAACGGGAGUUGUAACUAAAGUUUUACCGAAACUUACAGAAGAACAAAUCGCUUCGCUCACGGAAGGUAAAAAAGCUAGGGAGAAGAAACAAAAAGAAGCUACAGCACCUAAAUAAUUGAGUCUUAUAAUUAUUUUUGUUUUUUUUUUUUUUUGUUCUGUUUAGAUAUAGUUUGAUAUAGAUAUAAGAAUUAAUAAUUAUGUUUUUUUGUAAUUAAUUUUUUUCUUUUGAGUUUUGUUUCUUAAUGAUGAUACAUCGUCUUUUAACCAAUUCUAUGUAUUUUGUAAAAUAACGACUUGAUAAAUAAAAGUGUUUUGUUGGAAA